GGCACUUCACUAAUAUCACUAAACAUGAACCCGUUUAGUUUCACGUAUUUCGCGUGUAACGUACGGAAUCUAUUGUGUAUUGUUUAUAUCACCUUGUCCCAACAACGAUCAUGUAUAAUGAGUCUUCCUCGAUUUCUACAAACAUCGGCUCGAUCAUAGUCACUACGUUUUCGGUGACUCCCGGGGUGAAGUGAAGGUGGAGGCGUAUUACCGCAGUCGGCUGGUCUCCAGGAGGCUCUAGUAGGGCCUUUAUAAAGACCGCGAGGCCGGUUGAGCUUGCCGCCUCCUAGCAACUUCCUAGGAUAACUGCUCAGAUAUUACCACGGUAACUUCUCACUGAACGGAAUUGUUGACUUCUUAAGCUCGUAGACUCGUCACGCUCUCGCGUCGAUACUCCUAUCAUAUUGCUAUCGCCAGUUGAUUUGCGUCGGACCCGAGUCUUUUUCGCCUGUCACCACCACCACGACAGUCAUGUUUAUGGAGUGUGGCAAUCCCAUCUGCUCCCAGCCAGGACGGUACGCGUGCAAGGUGUGCGCGGACGCUGCCUACUGCUCCUUGGGAUGCCGUUCGCUGUGCUGGGAAUACCACCAGGAGUGCUGCAAGCCCCGUCUCCUGCCGAACUACGUCGUGCGGUUCCACUUGGGCGCAGACGACAUCGCGGAUCCGCCCAUCGUCCGAACCCUCUCCUGCCCGGCCACCGCAACUUUCUACGACCUCCACGUGGCGCUCCAGUGCGCCUUCGGCUGGGCGUUCACCCACUUCUUCGAUUUCACCGUCCUCAACCCGGCGUUUAGACCGCCCGCCGACAAGGUACGCCUGUACCGUGACAAGCUGAAGGCGCACAGCGCCGGGGUCCAGGUUGACUCGUCCCUGCCGCAAGAGUUCCUGCUCCGAAUCGUUAAUUUCGCGAAAUGGGUGCCUUUCUCCGCCUUCGACAGCGCCCACGAGCCCUACCGACGCCACCCGAAUACCCGGGAAGAGGACGCCGACGACUUCAUGCUGUUCAUGCUGUUUGACGACCCAGCCUACCAAGGUAGGACGUCAUCCUCUCUCUCUCUCUCCUUCUUUCGGCGCUAGUUUCUCCGCAGCAGUGCAAUCUAGUUAACGCGCGCGCAGGCCUGCCGAUGGCGUACACGUACGACUUCGGCGACGAGUGGGUGCACAGGAUGGAGGUGGUCGGACGUAGCGAGCCGACGGCAGAGUUCGCGUGCCUGCAGGGCGAGGGCCACGGGGCGGCAGAGGACGCGGGCGGGGCGGCGGGCUGGGCGGCGGUGCGGGAGGCGUACCGCGC